CAUUCUACGGAUUCUGAACUCAAUCGGUUUCCAGUGUUUGAAUCUACGACUGAUCACGAUGUACCUGUUGCUGACCCUCGCGCUGGUGGCGGCUGUCCAGGCGGUCCAGGUGAAGGAUGCGGUCCCGCUGGACAUGCAGCUCGCUCAAGCCCGUGGGGCGGGGUCCAACCCUGUCGGUAUCAACGAAGACACCACCUGCUACAACCAUCCGCAAUCCAGCGCCUAUGCCGCCAGCGCCCCCUUCUACCACGGCACGACCCCGCUGAACCUGCGGCGGUCCGUGGACGAGGUCGGCACCCUGUGGCCGGUUCACCGCGUGCUCAUCUUCAGGGAGACCGUCUUCGAAUGGGGCGUCGGCUCCGACAACUUCGCUGACAAGGUUGCCUGGGAGGGUGUCCGUGAGCCGUCUGACUGCUCGGUGAGCUGGUCCGGCAGCGCCGCCGGGUCCUCCUCCUGUACCCUGCAGCAGGCCAUGGACUUCAGCCGCGGCUACAAGACUCGCUACGGCAGUUACGACCUCCUCUUCAACAACUGUCAUCUCUUUGUGAACCGCAUGAUGAACUACCUCGACUCUGGCUGCACCCGCUACCCAUAGAUCGUCUCCGUCUCCAGGUGGUUGGAGAAAUGUGACUACCCCAAAUUCUAAUUCGCCGUAAUAAGGCAUUAUAUGAUAUCUAAAAUCUGACUAUAAAUAAAGAUAAAAAUCAAA